AUCAUAUGCAUGACAUUGCCCUGCAGUCUUUCCCCAUAUACCGUCUCCCCUGCAGUCAGUCAGUAAAUUCAGUUAGCCAAAUCCCAUGUCUAAGAAAACAGUGGUGAAAGUGGAUCUAUUCUGUUCCAGGUGCAGGCUCAAGGUGAUGAAAUUAAUUUCAACAAUUGAAGGGAUUAACUCCAUAGCCCUCGACCCCUCCAACAACUUGGUGACAGUAAUCGGUGAAGCCGAUCCCGUUUGCAUUAUUAACAAGGUUAGGAAAUUCAGUAAAUGUGCUGAGAUUAAGAGUAUAGGCCCUGCAAAGGAAGAGAAGAAAGAUGAUAAGAAAGAAGCUCCUCCUUGCCUUCCGAGAACGUGUCAGAAAUGCGAUGUUUGGUACGUGAUUAGCGAGGACAUUCGUUACCCUCACUGUAACAUAUUGUAAGUUGCGUUUGAUGUAUGUUGGCAAAUGCUCCUCCUAAGUGCCGAAAUGUACACGUUGAGGCCGGUUUUUUUUUUUUUUUUCUUUUCUAAGUCAAUUUCAAUCAUUGCCAUAACGACUUACUGAGAUGAAAAUGUUCAGAUGUUUAAUUAGGCUUGGUGCAUCGUAACAAUAAUGUCGUUUAGAUUCAGAACUGCGUAAAUGUUAGUUCAAUCUGUGGACUUUUAUUCUGAAUGGGUAUGAAGUUAUGAUAUUGUUCUGCAAUAAAUUUACGAUUAUCCUUCUGGACUCA